AGUAGAAGUCUACAUGUGGAAGUUACUCGUGAUACUUCCAUCUCCUGUUUAGUCAAAGCUCCGACAACUUCGAAGGUUCUCCCAUCAAAUGAUCAAAAUAUGAUUCUUCCUUUUUGAUUCACGAGUCGGAUGUUAUCGCUUUCUGUUCGAGUUUCAGUUUUUGCGUAGAUAAUCAUUGCAAAGCAAUCGGUUAUUUGACACAGAUAAUUCCAGGUUCUCAACAAUCUCAAUUAAUUUUCUUUCUUCAUUGAUUCGGAUUUCAGAGCUUCUUGUAGUGGCAUUGACUUGGAGCCUGAAAAAUGAAAUUGACACCAAGGGAAGUGGAGAAAUUAGGUCUUCAUAAUGCGGGAUACCUUGCGCAGAAGCGUCUUGCUCGUGGUUUAAGGCUUAAUUACGCUGAAGCUGUGGCUCUUAUUGCUACUCAGAUAUUGGAAUUUGUGCGCGAUGGUGAAAAGUCUGUUGCAGAGUUGAUGGAUAUUGGGAGACAACUUUUGGGAAGGAGACAGGUUCUUCCAGCGGUUCCAAAUCUUUUGGAAUCUGUCCAGGUUGAAGGAACAUUCCUAGAUGGUACAAAGUUAAUCACCAUCCACGAUCCAAUUGCUAGUGAAAAUGGAAACCUGGAGCUAGCUUUAUAUGGUUCGUUUAUUCCAGUGCCUUCACUGGACAAGUUUCCUGCAAUAGAAGACAGUAAAAUUCCUGGUGAGAUAAUCUUUGGGUAUGGAAGUAUCAGCCUCAAUCAUGGAAGGAAAGCAGUCAUCCUCAAAGUUGUUAACACUGGAGAUAGGCCAGUCCAGGUUGGCAGUCACUAUCACUUUAUUGAGGUGAAUCCUUACUUGGUUUUUGAUAGAAGUAAAGCAUAUGGCAUGCGGCUGAACAUUCCAGCAGGGACAGCUACAAGAUUUGAGCCUGGAGAAACUAAAAGUGUCAUACUCGUAAGUAUUGGAGGUAGGAAAGUGAUCAGAGGAGGAAAUGGCAUUGUUGAUGGUCCUGUUGAUGAUGCUAACUUGCAAGCAGUUAUGAACUCUAUAAAAAUAAGAGGAUUUGGAAACCUUGAAGAAGCAAAUUCUAGUGAGGGUGUUACUGGGAGGGAUUCUGCUUUUACUACUGUAGUUUCACGUGAGGCAUAUGGUAACAUGUACGGGCCUACAGUGGGUGACAAAAUUCGGCUUGGUGAUACUGACUUAUUUGCUGAAAUCGAAAGUGAUUUUACUAUUUACGGCGAUGAAUGUGUUUUUGGUGGUGGAAAAGUUAUAAGAGAAGGCAUGGGCCAGGCAUGUGGGCAUGCACCAUCUGACUCUUUGGAUACUGUCAUCACAAAUGCUCUUAUCAUAGACUACAGUGGAAUUUUUAAGGCAGAUAUCGGUAUUAAAGGUGGUUUUAUCGUUGCCCUUGGAAAAUCAGGCAAUCCAGACAUCAUGGAUGGUGUAUUUCCUAAUUUGAUAAUCGGGGUUAACACAGAGGUUAUCGCUGGAGAAGGAAUGAUAGUAACUGCAGGGGCAAUAGAUUGUCAUGUGCACUUCAUAUGCCCGCAACUGGCUUAUGAAGCGAUAUCAAGUGGUAUUACGACUAUGAUUGGAGGUGGAACAGGACCUGCUGAUGGGACUCGUGCUACUACUUGCACACCAUCUCCUCUGCAAAUGAAGUUGAUGCUGCAGUCUACUGAUGGCCUGCCACUAAAUUUCGGCUUCACAGGAAAAGGGAACAGUGCCAAACCUGAUGAACUGCAUGAAAUAAUCAGGGCCGGGGCAAUGGGAUUGAAGCUGCAUGAGGACUGGGGAAGUACUCCUGCUGCAAUAGACAAUUGUUUGACUGUUGCAGAACAAUAUGACAUUCAGGUUAACAUUCACACUGAUACUUUAAAUGAAUCUGGAUUCGUGGAACAUACAAUUGCUGCUUUUAAGAAGAGAACUAUCCAUGCAUACCACAGUGAAGGUGCUGGUGGUGGUCAUGCUCCAGAUAUAAUCAAAGUAUGUGGUGUUGAAAAUGUACUGCCAUCAUCAACAAACCCCACGAGACCAUUUACUUCCAACACUAUAGAUGAGCAUUUUGACAUGCUGAUGGUCUGCCAUCACCUGGAUAAGAACAUUCCUGAAGAUGUUGCCUUUGCUGAAUCAAGGAUAAGGGCUGAAACAAUUGCUGCAGAAGAUAUUUUACAUGAUAUGGGUGCAAUUAGCAUUAUAUCUUCUGAUUCACAGGCCAUGGGUCGCAUUGGAGAGGUGAUAUGCCGAACUUGGCAAACUGCCCACAAGAUGAAGACACAAAGAGGAUUAUUGGGCCCCAAUGGAUCAGAUAAUGACAACUUUAGGAUAAAAAGAUACAUUGCAAAAUAUACCAUAAAUCCAGCUAUAGUUAACGGGAUUUCUGAUUUCAUCGGUUCAGUUGAGGUGGGGAAGUUAGCUGAUCUUGUUUUGUGGAAACCAUCUUUCUUCGGAGCAAAACCAGAAAUGGUGAUCAAAGGUGGUGCAAUUGCCUGGGCAAAUAUGGGCGAUCCAAACGCAAGCAUACCCACACCUGAACCGGUAAUCUUGAGGCCUAUGUUUGGAGCAUUUGGAAAGGCUGGUAGUGCAAAUUCCAUUGCUUUUGUCAGCAAGGCAGCACUAGUAAGUGGAGUAAAAGAGUUGUAUGGACUAGAGAAACGAGUAGAAGCGGUGGGUAACGUAAGGGGACUCACCAAACAUCACAUGAAGCUUAAUGAUGCCCUUCCAAACAUCACGGUAGAUCCAGAGACAUAUAGGGUGACGGUAGAUGGGGAGGUUCUUACCUGCAAUGCAGCCACUUCCGUUCCGCUUUCUCAAAACUACUUCAUGUUUUAGGAAUUUAUUUUUUUGGGGGGUUAAAAUAAAAUUAUCAACACUUGUUGGGAAAAAUAAAAGUAAAAAGAGAGAGAGCUCAAUUUGCAGAGAGGUUCUCUGAAGUCAUUAGGUGCCUUCUGUAUUCAUCGAAGCAAACAUGUAGCAAUUGCAGUUGUCUCUUGAGGAGGACUUUUUUGUUCUAUCCAAAUAAAUUAUGCCUCUCUUCUGUCUUCCAUCAUGUGCAACUCUUUACCCCUUAAAUAAAAUCAUGUUUCGUGUGGCA